UUGUCUUCUCAUCGUUAAUGAGUCCUGGACAUGUUAUCAUCCCAUACAAGUCUGUGGGUCUCAGGCCUGUUAUCGGCAGGAAUUUCAUACUAACACUAUGCCUCGGAAUUGUUUUCGGUUUUACAAUCGCUUCUAUUCUUCAUCUGAUCUCUUCUUACAAUAUAAAAGAUAUUGUGAUAUUUCCGCAAAGGGAACAGCUAGUAUCACGGGAUGCUCACCAUCACAGUCAUAUGGACCAAAUGGUCGUGAACAUUGGGGAUGCAGUUAAUCAGCAUUCUCAUGAUGAAGAGUUUCAUAAAGGUGAGGAUGUGGUGGCCCAAGAACUGGCAUCCAAGGUUAGAAUACUCUGUUGGGUGAUGACAUCGCCUUCCAACCACAAGAAGAAGGCUCAGCACAUCAAAGCAACCUGGGGACCGAGGUGCAAUGUCCUUCUCUUCAUGUCUUCAGUCGAAGAUAAAGAGCUGGGCUCCAUCGCAUUGCCCGUAUCUGAAGGAAGGAACAGCCUGUGGGCCAAAACGAAAGCAGCUUACCAACAUGUCUACGACCAUUACAUGGACAAAGCCGACUGGUUCAUGAAAGCAGAUGACGAUACAUAUGUGAUUGUUGAAAAUUUGCGGUACAUGCUCUCUGAUUACAAUACUUCCGAACCAGUUUAUUUCGGUUGCCGGUUCAAACCCUAUGUGAAGCAAGGUUACAUGAGUGGUGGUGCAGGUUACGUCCUCAGUAAGGAAGCCGUUAGACGGCUGAUUGUUGAUGGAAUACCAAACAAGGAUAACUGCCGCCAAGAUGGUGGUGGAGCAGAAGAUGUUGAAAUGGGCAAGUGCCUCGAGAAGGUUGGCGUAAGAGCGAUGGACACAAGAGAUUCCCUCGGGCGAGGUAGGUUCUUUCCCUUCGUACCAGAGCACCACCUUAUUCCCGGUCACACAGACCCCAGCUUCUGGUACUGGAAGUGGAUCUACUACCCGAAUCCUGAGGGUUUUGAAUGCUGCUCGGACACUGCUAUUUCUUUUCAUUACGUCAGCCCAGAUUUGAUGUACGUCAUGGAGUACUUGAUAUACCAUCUUCGACCGUACGGAAUUAACCAUACGUUUUCUCCUUCCCUCAAGUCUCCUCCAUCUCCUUCUCCUUCUAAUCAGGAAGAAAAAGGUACAGCCUCAAUGACAGAGACAAUGGAUAGUACCGCAGGUUUUAGUAAGGUUUAGAAACGAAGUGAUCAUCUAAGCCUGAAGAUACCGUGGUACUGUUGGUCGUUUUGCAUAUUGCUCUCUUUAUGAUUAACCAACACCAAAGGUACACCGAACAAAGCUAAGACUGUCGUAGUUAUCGUUUGAUAUUUAGGAACUGAAUAUCAAUAUUUAUAUAUUAGGCGUUUUAGCCAAUGAGUGUUAUGUAUUAUUUUUAUUAGUUUUUUUCUUAUCGUUAUUAUAAUUAUAUCAUUUAAAAGGAUGCUUUUGAAAUUGUAAGAUGAUAAGAGUUUGUGAUAUUGAAGAGAAAGUGACAGAUACAUUCCUGAUCUUUAGAAGAAAUAACCACUUUAGUUAUAUUGGUAUCAAUGUAUAGAAAUAAUGCUUCCUUCUAAUUGUUAGCUGUAAACUGAUAAGAAAUUCUACAAUAAUGUAUACCUCAGAAUCAUUGUAAAAUUCAUGAAUUCUUUUUGUAUAUUUUUUAUUUAUUUUAAAUUAAUCUAUUUAAAAACUAUGGCAAGUUGUAAUGAUAGCACUUUAAGUGUUUACUGUCUUCCUUUAGCAUUGUAUAAUCUUAUGUUUAAUAGAUUGUAAAAAUAAUAUUAAUAAUUUAUUAAAACCUUGUAAUAUUGUAUGCCUAUGUUGAUAAUUGGCAUCAUGUCUUAAGGGAACAUCAUGAGGACUAUAUGAAUAGGUUUUUCUGACGUGUUGGCUUGACAUUUUAUUUUGUUUUAUACAGAAAUUUUCAGCGGCAACAUAUUCUUUAAUUUUUUUUUUUAAAUUAUAGAGAAAAUAGUUGACCAUAUGGCGGCAGGGCACAAGUCGAAUUGAUCACACAUUAAAUGAAAUUUGGAAAGUAGCUGAGUUUCUCCAUAAGUGAACAAUAUCGACCAAUAUUCAUACAUUUCUCUUGAACCGAUUUAACCAUAAUGUUUAUGUUAUAUCAAAUGAUGCGAUAUCUAAAUAAUUGAAUUGAAAUAAACCUAAUUUAUAUUUUCCUACCAACAAUAAUCAUGUUUUUCCUGUGUGUUUUGGAUUAUCGAGCAUAAUAAUUACGUUGAUUAUUAAGCUAGAAAUUAGAUAUUUGAAGUUGGAAAGAAUCUAUUUUCAUUGACAAUAGACAACAUUGCUUGAUAAGGCCUGAUCUCAACUCGAAAACAUCCUUUACAGUUUCAUUGUUUUUUUCGAGAGAACGUAGUGUCUGACACUAGCGUUCUAAUUAUAAUUAAAGCAUUAAUGGUUUAAAAAAAAUAACAAUUCCAAUUAAUCCAUACUACAUAUUUCGAAUAUAUAGUUUUAUAUAAAUUAUAUUACAUGAUAUCAGGUUCAUUUAUAACAUUAUUAAUUUCAUUUGUCUAUUAAUAACUUGUGUUAUGAUUUUUUUAUAAUUUUUGUUUUAUACUUGGCAAAUACCUUAUAGAUGGUGUGAACGCUUGCUCGUAUUAAGAUAUGCCUUUAGAGGUUAUAAUUAUAGUUAAAUUUAAUUUGUCAAUAAUACCGUAUAAAUGUCUAUAGAUACAGUUCUAUAUUUUUGGAAUUCCAUCGAAAUUAUGAUCGUUAUGAUCUUGUGCCCAGUUGGUGUGGUCAGCUGUUUUAUUUAGUUUUCAUCGCAGUUUUGCUCUAAAAUCAUAGUGGGACAAAGAUUUUUUUCUCAGCAAUUUAUUAUGAAAUGGUUACUUGUCCGAUAUCCUUUGAGCUGCCCUAAUGAAGGCUUGAAAGGUAGGACGAAACAUCGGCACAAAGGAAAUAAAAGUAAAUUUAUUUAUUUAUUUUUACUUUUCACUUCCAUUGACUGCAAAAUCCAACCGAUUUCUCUUCAAAAAUAUUAUAAAAUGGAUAUUUUGAAUAUUUUAAACAUCUUCUGAAAUUAAUGAAAGUUAGACUUGACGAUUUGCUAUUGAUACUGUUUCCUUAUCUUUUAUCUGAAGUCUUGACUUAAAUUUACAAGAUUCUAUUAUUUUUUAUUAAUCCACUGUUAAGCCCAACAAAUUUUUAUUCCAAUUCCAAAAUCCACUUCUACUUUAAUUGUUGCCGUAUUUAAUUCCAUAUUCCAUCUAACAUAUUUCUCCAAUCAUUUAAACAUUCUUCAGGUUGUCUAUUGUUCACAAUAUUCUAUUUUUAAAAGUUAUUGUUCUUACCUUAAAGCUAGCUGAUUUUUCUUGUUAAUUCAUUGUAAACAAAAAGUUAGAAGAAUAAUUGUCUUGUAAAUUUUUACUUUUAACACUGCUAUCUUUUUAUUUUAUUUUUUUAAUUCUUAUUUUUUAAAACUUGCUUAUCGCUACUGUUAGCGCAAAAGGUUGUAUGUAACAGUUUUUCAUGGUUGCUCUAUUUCUCAUAAAGGUGACAUUUUGUAAUCAGAAAUUGCUAUAAGUAGUCUGCCACUUUUGGAAAUAGUAUAAGGAAAUAAAAUAUGCAAUUAUGCUCUCUUGUUAGAAAACUCAAUUUUCAUGUACGACUUUUUUCACUAACAGUAGUGUGUAAUUUAUAUCAUGUUACAUAAAUUUGUGAUUCUCAUUUGUUUUAUUGUUAAAUAUUUUCAACAUAACUCAUAUUUUUUAUUUAAUUCAGUAUAUAGGAACACCCUGAAAAAUUAAAUAAAGUGUUUAAGUAACAUUUUCUACUAUAACAAAGUACUACUCACAUUUUAUCUCAUAUUAAUUUUUUUUUCAAUUUUUUAAUUAAUUUUAUAAUAUUUAUGUUUGUUUUUGAGUUACAGAUAAAUCAUUUUAGCAAAUUUAUUUUUAGAAUUUAUUAUUUAUCCUAUAAAUUUUCAGAAAAUUUAAGUUUCCUUUUUUACAAAUUUGAACCUUUAUAUUUUAAUAAUUUGUAAAAUGUAUUACUGGUGCUCUCUCAUUUAUUUUAUUUUAUUAUAAUCUCUUUUUGAGUUUCUGAAAAAAUAAAAUUCUGAAAAUAUUUUUAUUUAUUUUGGUUAUUAUUAAAUAUUUCGGAAUAAUAUGUUCGACAAUACUUUUUUUGUUAAUUUUAAGAUCAUAUUUUUGUACAUUUCUAAUAUUAAAUAAAUACAUCUUAUUUUCUAUUUAGCAAUAUAUUUAAAUGUUAUUGUCGUAAGAGUGGAUGUAUUAUCAGAUAAGUGCAUGUAACGUUUAUGUACUAGUCAGUAGAUUCAAUAAAUGUAAUUUAAUUUAGAUUUAAUGCAUUUUAUACGCCUUCAAGGUGAAAGUAAUCCGAUUACUUUAGGUAAAGUUGU